AUUGGUUAUCGCUGACUAAAUAUUGUGAUCAAAGAUUUAGAUCGGUUUUUGAGAAAUUAGCCGAUACUCCUUCCAUCCCCUAAAGGGUAUUGUGUUGUCUAUUUGCCGACAGUAUCCGGUGUUGGUUAAAGAUAUGUUUUCAGGAGUCAGUGAUGAAUUCAUAUUGGAAAGAAUGAUGAAGAGGCCAUUUACAUUCUUAAGCAGAGCUAAUUUAAUGUGGUGGGAACGCUGCAUUUACCCAUUAAUUGAAGUAGACUUGGAUUGCCCACAUGCCACUGGUGUCUCAAGGGAGAAAAACACCAAAAAAGAUGAAGAAAAUCCUCCAGAGACUUCAAAAGGCUCCGCAUUAGGUGAAGGCUUCUGGACUAAUUGUAAAGGAAACAUCUUCUCGUUCUCUUUUCGGCACUACUUAAUGCUAGUGCCUCAUAUUAAAGCAUUAUACGGAAAAAAGAGAGUGCACACAGAAGCCGUUGCUCUGGUUAAACAUGUGGUCACUUGCCUUAAUGAAACAAUAGACAAAGAACAACAAAGAAAAUAUUUCCGCCCCAAUUCGAGCAUCUUGUAUACGGCAAUAAAGUACGGAACUACAGAAGUAGUACUGGAGUGUCUUCGGACAUUUCCUUUCCUAUGUCAUAAUAUGAACCUGAACUUGAAGAUUAACAAAGCAAUUAUCCAAGAACGAAAUGUAAGUAUAUUCAAUUUCAUGUGUAAGCAAAAGGAGAUGGCGAAUAGAAAUACUGGGGAUAGGGUUACUUAUGUAGAUUCGAAUGGAAACACUAUCCUACACUAUGCUGCAAUGUUAGCCCCUCCACGUCAGCUCUAUCCCGUAUCGGGUGCUGCUUUUCAAAUGCAAAGAGAACUCCAAUGGUUUAAAGGAGUUGAAAGUAUUGUACUACAAGAAGAUAGGUAUCUGAGAAAUAAACAAGGACAUACGGCUCAAUUUUUUUUCACUGGGAAUCACAAAGACUUAAUGAAAGAAGGAGAAAAAUGGAUGAAGGACACUUCAGGAUCAUGUAUGCUUGUAGGUGCCCUUAGCAACUGUAGCAUUUGCAGCUGCUUUCACUGUACCCGGCGGUAACAUAAGUGACAAUGGUAGUAGCAACAACGGUGUCCCCGUUUUUCUGGACAAGAAAUCGUUCAUGGUUUUUGCAAUAGCAGAUGCAUUAGCUCUCUUCUCUUCCAUCACGUCGGUAUUGAUGUUCUUAGCAGUAUACACAUCCAGAUAUUUUGAAGAUGACUUUCUGAAAUCGUUGCGGAGAAAAAUGGUAAUAGGUCUGGCCACUCUCUUCGUUUCUAUGGCCACUAUAUUAGUUUCCUUCGGAGCAACAUUCACUAUUGUUCUAGGAAAGCGAUUUUUAUGGGCUCCCAUCGCCGUAGCAAUAUUUGGUUGUGUUCCAGUGCAAUUGUUUAGUUUUUCGCA